GCCAGUACCAUUCCCAACGGCUCUUUCGACGCACGGCCGAUGACUUCCAAUGGGGCUUUCGGCAUGCAGACGAAAGUCUUCAACUUCGACGGCUUUGCCAUGAGUCGCAAGGGCAGCAACUGGGGCGUGGAGUUGGCGGCGCAAAUCCAGCAGGAAAUGCUGAAUUCGUCUGCGGAAACGAGUUAUGAAAUGUAAAAGUGUCUGGGUCUGGAUCUGGAAGACUGCAUGUUUGUCAUGCUUGUCUGGCAUGACUCUUAAAUCUGUCAUGCACAAAACCCAAGAGCUCCAUUUUUCUGUGAUGCAGAAAGGCAGUUUGUCAUGCAGAGUAGACAACACCUAGAAGCUCAGAAACUUGUCAUGCUGAGCCAGCACUUGUGGCCUCAUCAUGAGACGCCAUCCAGCAUCACAAGUUUCCAGACCCAGACACUUUUACAUUUGAUACGAGUAGCAGUGGGAGGUACGCGCCGAGGUACCUGUUUCUGGUUCGAAACGAGAAGGUGAGGAGGCCUCUUUUGGAUGGCGAAGGUGGCGGGGGAAGUAGUACAAUUGGCGCCGUGUCACUGUCAACAUCAGGUGCAGCCGUGCACGACAAGAAGGACUUUGUCCUGGACCCGGCAAUCACCAAUCACGAACUUGUGGCGAAUUGGCAGGAGGCUGAUACCACUGGGAUUUUGAAACAGAGGCGGCAGUUGCUACAAAACGAGGAAAUCAGGUUGAAAAGACUGAGUGCGGCAUUUGGUAGCGAAAUGUACGGAAUGAACAACAGAAGCCGGUUUUCGGUCUCUUCGCACGGAAAUAGGAUGAAAAACGGGGGAGAUCAUGUGGAAAAUGUUGAUGGACAAAUUUCUAGUACUGGUGUCUACCCAAAUUCUGGCUCCGACGGAGUGACAAACCACUUCCCCGAUCCCAGCCAUGAUUUCAGCGGUUCGUCCUCUGCAACCGGGUCUUUUUCCGAAAAUUGGGGCCAAGACACCGAGUGCGAAGACCACGACGGCGAGGAAAAUCAUAAUGGAACCAGUGAUCCUAGUAGACAGACAGAACAGCAGAAAAAGACGAAAGUGGAGUCCCAAAUGCAGCGGCUUCUGAGCAACAGCGCGAGUAAGAAGAGAACAAAAGACGACAAUUCCACCGAGGAACCUUCCAUUUUCCAGAUUGAUGCCAAAAAGGUGUACGUCGCCCGGUCGCCGACGAAUCGCAAGCAAAGCGAUCCGAAUUCCAUCCUGAAGUCGAAGCUGAAGCAGUACAAGCCGCCCCCGACACCGUCUCACGCGGAAAAGAAGAAACUGGAACUGAAAAAACGCAAUGAAUUGAUCAACGAGUGGACGCAGAACGUGACGAAACAGCUGCACGAAGCCGUGAAAGACGCGAAUGGCGAGUUGUUCGCGCCAGAUGAGGCAGAGGAUCUGUUCUACCAACUGAACUACGGAGCAGGGUCAAUGGACGGCGAUGAAAACGGACACUAUCCUGGCGGUAGAACUGACUUCCAAAUGAGCAAAGAAUACGUCGACGGUGCAGCAGCUACUGCAGCGGGAAAGAUCCCGAGAGAUUUGGAUUUUCAGCAGCACAAGGCGAAUUCGCAGCAAGCACUGAAAGCGACAACUGCACUGUUGAAUUCCACGGAGUGGUCGCCUUACGCCUCGGACUUCUGCGUUUUUUUGACAAACAGUGUGAAGGUGGCGCUGCAGCCGAUUCUCGACGAUUUUUACGAUUCUGAACUCUGUCAGAAGAUCGAAGAGUUCUGUGGAGAUAGCAGUACUACAGCGUCAACGUCAAGAGCGUCAGCAGGGUCGGAUUCUACUUCUCUCUCAUCGACGAGAGGUGGAACAACAGGCCGGCCUGGCUCGACCAAAGCAACAAACGCCAGCAAGCGCUACCUCGGCGGUGCAGAAUUGAUCAUUUGUGAAACGUUUUCACUGCACGAGUCGGAUUUACCGGAUGUCGCAGAUCCGUUCUACAACCACAGUACUAGCAAUUCGUCUUCAACCGGAGCAACAUCGUCACAAACGAAUCCUGGCCCAAGAAGAGACAACCCCCAUCGCCCGUCGGCCCUCUUCAGCCGGCACCACUACCUGUUUCCCGCGAUGAAUGAGGAGCAGCUGUUUGUGUCCAAAUUUGGCUUGCUGAAGAAACCCCGGAACAGCAACGUUAAUUUGAAAGAGAGCCAAAACGAGAAAUUCCACAUGGAAAGCCUCUUGCGGGCAAACAGCGGACACGCAACGCAGGCGCAGAACGCGUUUGUGCUGAUGAAUAAGGACAGUAGUAGUGGAAUGUUCUUCGACGAGGAGAUGAAACACGGCGGCGCAAAUCAGAAGUCCCCAAGCUGGAAAGCGGGUUCUACUUCAACUUCUAUCAGAUCGCCAACCUCAUCCCCAGCUAGGCGCCGUGCGGGAGCAGGGUUUUUUCAGCCGAUGACGUCGCCUUUUGGCGAUGUAGUUGCGGAAAAUAAGGACAAAGUGACAACUUCGGAAAAGAACCAGAAACAAGACGAGACAGAAAACCUUUCCCUGUCUGCCUCGCCGACCAACAGUCCCGCGAACCGCAGGAAGCAAGCCAUGGCGGUAGAAUGGGCGGCAAAGACGUUGAAUACGUUUACGUUGGACGCGGACCAACAUCGGCGAGGAGCUGCAUCGUCUAGCGGGUCCAGCAUGUUGACAGCACGGAAGCACCUUUUUUCCGCUUUUGGCGAUUCCAAACCCCUAGCCGAGUUCCUCGAAUCCCCAGGGUAUGACUCCGUUUCUGGCCGUUACCGGUCCCUCGACACGGACGGAAGGCAAAAAAUCUGGCGAAUUCGGGACCCGAGCAGGUGCACGCCGGCUUUUCUCGUCGAGGUGGAGUUUGUGUACAAUGAAAUCGAGAAAAAGGUAGAGUGCAACCUGGGGAAGUUUGUCAACGAAGCUGAUAAUUUGAAUUGUACCAGUAAAAGGAGCAGCGAUAUUGAUGCAUCUGGUGCGUCAAGAACCUCAACAUCCUCCACCAGGCUGCGAAGAGAAAUUCCUCACGCGGCCAGCGACGUGGAGUACGACGAGGAAAAUAAAGCUCAGCUUCGUCCUGGCUCAACAUCAUUCGUUUCUGUACCUGUAGGUUCUUCCUCGUCUGAUUUCGUCAUUCGGGAAAUCGAGAAGCGGUGGCGAGGCAUAGACUACGACGAGUUUGGAGGUUCCACUGAUACCACUUUACCCUCGUCGCCCACGAAAACCUCCUCGUCAAGUCGUCCGCAGUCGGCCGCGAACCGGCCGAGAUCCGCGGCGAAGAAGCGACCACGUUCGUAUGCAAGAAAAAAACUAUGUGAGUGUAAAUCUGUGAUGCAGAAAGUGCAAAACUGUUACACUUGUCAUGCUAGAUCUGCGUCAUAGGCUAAUUCCAUACGUAUUUCCACGUACUAGCUGCGCAUGACAGGUUUUCCCUGUAAUGCAAAGCGAAUUUGUGAUGCUGCUCUUCCUACACAGUUACACUCACACAGUUUUUUUCCUGGAUAGUUCGGCCAACAGGAGCAAUCUGAUGAAUGGCGAUGGUAGCUGCAAAGUGGCGACCUCCUCCGCAGCAGGUGUGCAACUCCUACUAAGGGGAAAAUUUCACAAAUACAAAUAUCUGCAAAAAUUGAUGCUUAAAGGACAAAACUGCAGAGAAGCAGGCGCUCAGUGUUAUGCUUUUCAGCAAUUCAGGCCCUGUCGGGCAUCCUUGGGAGGGGCGCCAGAGCAUUCAUCUCAGGCGGUCGCCAUUUAACCCGACCAAAGUCGCACCAGCGCGGGCCGCCUAGCAGGGCGGCACUAGGGCUCUUGGGGCCGCGCCAGGGUGCCCGGAAUUCCGGCGCCAUGCGGCGCAUGCGGAGGCAGUAAUAGGCCGCGGCGAAUCGCCGAAAGGCGAAAAUCGCAUCAAAAUGACGCAGAAAAAUGCUCGCGGGCGACUUCUCCGGCAGGGGUCGCCGGACCCCCCUGCCUUUUCAUUUGUGGAAAGUUUCCAAGCGGGAAUUGGGAAUUUGGCUGUUCCGAAGGGCCCCAGAUCUUGGGGUCUCCGGAGGGGUCGGGUCUGUUCAUUUGUGGAAAGUUUCCGAGUGGGAAUAGCGUUUUUUUGCUCCAAUCACGAGCUAAACGACAAACCGCAUCGGCGGACUCGACGAAAAGGAAAGGCAGCAGCCUUCUGAUUUUGUUGUUGAAGUAUAUGCAUGCUCGUGGUCGUCCGGUAUGGCUUCCAGCGACGCCAAACCCUCCGGACCUUGCCGGACAGAAGAACGCCGCGCGCUGUUGCUGUGCUGCUGUUCGACUCACCGGCGUUGCGUUUCGCAGACCCUGGACCCCCUCCCAGCAGCCCUGAAGCCUCUAAGGACCAAUUUUUGCAGAUAUUUGUAUUUGUGAAAUUUUCCACUCAGUAACUCCGCAGUAGUACCAAUAAAGCGGUCACGACUUUACUCUCGAGCAAAACAACAGACAGUGCCCUGAUUUUGCGCGACUUCGGGCCGUUUUGGUCGUGUUUGCGUGAGUUUGCGUACUUGGCUACGUCGCCGACGAUGUGCUGGCGCAACACAUCAACGAGCAGGACGGCGUCGACCGCGUCAGAAUACAAAUCGCAGAAGAAAGAAAUUCUGGAAACAACAAUCCAUGACUUGCAGGAACAGCUUCGAAAACUUGUGAUCCGCCCACUUAUGUCUGAGCACAACAGCAGCACUAGCGCAGGUGCUGCAUCCUACGCCGACGAGGUGGGCGGAACGGCUUCUGGAGCGAUGAUGGCGCUAAGUGGAGGACAAAGUCGCGAAGAUGGUUUCCCGUUCAUGACCCAUGGUGUGGAUGAUGAAUUAUCUGCAAAAUCUACCGCACCAGAACUCCUGCUUGCCUCUCGGCUUAAAAAUGCGGGGAAAAGGACUACAGACUUCUCCUUUUCAGGUGGAGUUCCCGGCCAUCUUGAGCUCGACAUGUUCGUUCCCCGGAGUUACGCGUCAGCGUCCUUCCUGGCCACGCGCAGUGUAAUCUCCAGUGCAGCCGACCUGCUUUCCCUCGAUUCCAUGAUUCAACGAAAUAGAACAGAUGAGGAGGAAAAUGAGGACGAAAUAAACAAAGGCAAGAACAGGGCCUCUACUUCUCCGUCGAGAAAUAAAAACAGAACCAAGAGAGAUUUGCUCGAGCGUGCGGUGGUCAGAGAGCACCAGAGGAUCCAACUGCUACACCAACAGAUCAAGACCCCGGUCAUUGCGAGCAUCGAGUAUUUGAACCUCUGGGGCUGCAACCUGCGGAAGCUCGCGCCGGACUGUUUGCGGAACUUCAAGAAUUUGAAGUGUCUGAUUCUCGCCUGGAACAAGUUCGAAAAAUUGGACGACUUGUGCCAGGUCGUUGAUCAUGCAGGAGCACAGCCGGUUCAUAUUUCAUCUCGCGUGAACGGAGGUGCUUCUUCCCCAUCGUCGCUGGUGACAUCAUCUUCAAACAAGGGGAUUGUGGUCCCAACGAGUGGCCAAACAGAGCAGAAUACGGCCGCAAUUGCCAGCGGUGAUGGAAAGGAACUAGUAACGGGGAAAAUGACCAACACCAACUUUCCCGGUGUCGCACAUCAUAGAGAACGAACCUUGUUCAUCGACCUGUCGUACAAUCACCUACGGCUUUUUGACGAAAGUCCUUGCCAUCUUGCUUCAGGAGGCGAAGAAGGUCCUCAAGAAAGCAGCACAUUUGCGCACCUCUUUCCGCAAUGCACGGAGCUGGAUUUGAGCGGUAAUCCUUUGCUCACAACUGUAGACGUUCUCGGGUAUGUGCUUGCUCGGGCACCUUCACCAUCUUCGGUGACAUCGUCUGCUGGCACUUCUGCGCAACUUUUCCCAUCGUCACUAAAAGCGCUCCAAAUUGAUGAACCGCUAGGAGAAGAGGGUAGAGAGUUGUUGUCUUCUUCGGGCGGAGGGGAAAUCGCAGCAAGCAUAGCAAGCAGCUCGAGCGGAACUGGAACUGCUACCACAACGCAUUUUCUUGCGCACCUACUGCGAGGGGCGACGAAAAUGUGUCCGGAUUUGCAGAUCGUUAAUGGAGGCGAGGCACUUCUCUGUCAACAAGACGACGAUGCUGACGGAGAUCAUCAGUGCGCAUCCGUAGUAGACGCUGACAGUUUUUUCCGGCUGCAGUUAGCGGCUUCCGGUCUUCUCCCCAGGCAUUACCCUUCCACCACGGUUGCAGCUGGUCGUGGUGCACAGGGAAAGGACUCAAGAAGCACAAAUGGAAUGCUAGGGAAUAACAAUCCCUCCACAAGUCCCUUGAGCCCACCAACAAGGCGGCCGCAGCUUUCGCCCUUGAAGGAGGACAGUGCCAGCGGUAAUAUACCAGUCAAAUCAAUCCUCUCCACCACCGGUGGCAGUCCGGCGAGAAGAAGAAGGAUGAUGAGUCCGGAAAAAGUUGCCUCUUCGACAGCGCUCGCAGGAGCCGCUGGUGGUGCAACCGGUACGAAUGGAUAUCUACAAGUCCAGACCUGGGCUGAAGACGAUGAUGAGGAAGAAGAUCAUGCUCCUGUUCACCGUGACGCAUUGACGAAGACUCUGAAUCUUUCCGACCUUCUAUUGCCAGCAGGAAAUAGUACUGGUGCCGGGCCAGGUCUUGCAGGUAAAACUGCGGACGACGGAGUGCUCGGCCCGGCACUCUGGGCGGCCGCACAGGGGGCAUCUUCGACUGUAGGCUGCUCGAGCGCAUCAAUAGCUCCUGCAAGGAGCAACAGGACAUCAUCAAAUAGCAGGAACUACAACAAGACCAGCAAGAUUAUGACAAGCAACGUCAGCGUCGACAUUCUGCAGAAGGCGGGGUUGCAGAAGGAUAUCCUACCAUUGAGAUCAUCAGACGACGAAGAAGACGACGCGAUGCUCGCCGACGAAGAUGCGGGGUUGCGAGACUGGCUGAAGAAAUGGAUAGCGAAGACAGGUAAUAUAACAGCAGCAUCACAAGCGCCACAACACUAUCCGACGAAUUCGCGGUAUGUUUUCCACAAUUUGACACACCUGAUCGCGACCGGGCUAAAUCUCACCUCCAUCGAACACCAAUUGCUGCCGCUCUUUGCAGCGGCUUCGGAUAGUUGUACUAGCAGAGCCGGCGGCGGCACUUGUUCUGCUCCUGGCGGUUCCGGUUUACCCGCUUCGAGUUGUUCGACCAGCACUUUCUCCUGUUGCAGAAGGUUAGAGACGUUGAAUGUGAGUAAAAAUCAGUUGCAGUCUCUGUCCGGAAUCCAGCAUUUCACUGGCUUAAAACGGCUCGACGCGAGUAUGAACUCGCUCACGAGCUCCUCGGGCGAGUUGCAUUGGAUCACGAGAUGCUGUUCGGAAAACCUAGAAAUUCUGUGUCUCAGUGGGAACGGGAUCAGCGACUUAAAUUGGAUGAAAACUUCCUCUACGUGCGGCUCGUCAACAUCAAGCAGUUGUCAUGUAGCAGCAUCUACUGUUCCACCUGUCACAACAUCAACACCCUAUCAACUACAGCUUCCUAUGCAAAAGCUCCUUGGCCUCUACCUCGGGGACAACGCGCUCCAUGAUUUCCGGGACUUGUACCUGCUCAGUUUGAAUUUCCCGAGACUCGCCAUCGUAGAGCUGCGUGGGAACCCGCUGUGCAACUGUAGUGUUGUUGGAAGAGGAAGCACUAAUGGUGGUAUAAUGCAGCAUCAGCUUUUCCAGGGCGCCAGAACAGUCGAGGAGUUGGUGCAGUGGGAUGAAAGCGGUCGUGCUAGAAGAGGUGGCAAGGUGUCUCCUCCGGGAAAGACGAAGUCUGCACUGCAGAACGACGACGAAGAGGUGGAAGACUUCGAGCAAACAAAGGAACAAUCAACCAAACCUGCUCAUCAUCUGUGGACACCAAUAGAAGCGAAAUCUGCGUCGAUCGUAGACAAAGGUGACGAGGCAGCACUUCUCCAAGCGGUUGCUGCGGCUUCUCCCGAAGUAGGUCAAGCGGACAGAGAUCUGGUUCCGAAUUCAUUGGAACACCUCGGAUCAGAGGACGAAGAAGAGUCGGAAGACGGGCUUCUCUACGAGGACGAAGCUCCUGAACCGCAGGAUGAUGAGCAAGAUGCCGGUGGUGACCAAGAAGCCGCUUUACGUGUAGACGAGGACGGAAAUCCGAUUGCUAGAGCAGACCAGCUGCAAGAAGGCACGACAGGUGAACAACAAGACGCAGGACGACAGGGUGAAAAUAACUACGUCGAUUAUCAGGAUGAGAAUUCCGACAACGACGACUCCACCGCGACGUGUUUCAUCGAGGACGACUGCGAUGUGACAAACAAAAACUCCUCCGCCGCAAGGCAGCAAAGAAAAGAGGAACGGCGGAAACGGAUCGAGAAAGAGAAAAACGAGAAAAUCUUGGAGAUCAAGACGCGCAAAGCAACGGAGAAGCCGAUCAGAAGGUGCGACAUUGUCUCGAAGAUCGGCCGGGAGUACGAGUAUGGGAGCAGUAGGUUGAUGUUUGCCACCAGUAAACGAACGAGGCCGAAACUGCACUCGGGUGCUGGGACUAGCACAGGGAAGGAUUCAGGUGCAGUAGAUGGAGGCGAGAUGGAUGGUGGUGCACCAGACGAUCAAUGGUGCGCAGAUGAGGAGAGCAACGAAGCGAGUUCCAAAGCAUCAAAUUACGCAAUAACUCAGCAAAAUUUGUUCACCCAUUUCCACUUCGACUAUCGGCUUUACGCGAUUUUUCUCCUGCACCAAAAUCUGCAGUACCUCGACGGCCUCCCCAUUUCCGACGACGAAGUGCGCCAGGCGUGGAAAUUUUUCAAGGGCACUCUCACCCCCGAUCUUCUAGCGAGUUCUGUUCUUGGGUUUUCAACAGCAUCGUCUUCCGCGCACAACAGUGGUAAUGUCGGCACUUCUUCUGCAACGACCACAUCAGCUGCACCUCCUCCUCUCACCGGCUUCAUCUCCGAGCAAAACAGCGUGAGCCUUGCGUUCCAGAAUCUAGUCUCUCUGGAUCUGACCAGUUCAAAACUGUGGAAUUUGAAUCACGGGAUUUUGUCCGAUGGAUUUUUUCCGGAGCUGAAGAUUCUGCAGCUGGAUAACAACUACAUCCAGACAGGGGUGAUUGGACCCUUGUCGAAGUUGAAAACCCUGAAAAUGAACCGGAUUGGCUUACUGGAUUUAGCCAGGUGGAAGAUGGUGGUGGAAACAUCUAUUUCGGGGCAUCAACAAGCUUCAUCUUCAGCGGGUGUAGCACAUCAAAUCCAUAGCGAGACAGGAGGCGCGUACAACUAUCACCAGCAGUCCACCACUACUCCGUUCAGCAGCAAUGGCACCGCCUCCAACUUGAAACACAUCCAAGUUUACCGACUCCCGAAGUUGCAGCACUUAGAACUGAGCUACAACGGACUCCGGACGCUGACGCCCUUGCUGCAGUUGACAAACAGGAGCAGAAGUAGUGGUUUCUCUUCGUCUACUUCCAACAGUACAACUUCAAAGCAGCACCCGUUCCCGCAGUUGCGAGUCUUAGUUCUCGCGAACAAUCUGCUGACUGCUUUGGCUCCGAGCCGAUGGAACCACGCGGCACCGCGGGAGGAGAAAACGGUUACAAGUUCGAACUGGAACACCAGCGGCAAGUUGGGAGGAGGAGCCUUGUCAUCUUCUGAAAAUAACAAGAUCCUGACGAAUAACCGGGCCCCGUUCCGGCAUUUAACGGAACUGCGCGCGCUCGUGCUGAACCGAAACCGAAUCAGAUUCACGGACCGUUGGAGUUUCUUCAUCGGCUCGAAUUGCAAUGUGGCUGGGUCGUCCAAUCUGCACAAAAAGCAAUCGAAAUUGACGGAGAUCCACAUGGCGCACAAUCGGGUGACGAGUUUAGAUUGUUUUGCUUUGGUGCCGAAUUUGACAGUUUUGCGCUUGGAUUUCAACAGGGUCACGGCGCUGGAGACGAUCGGGACCAUGGUGUUGGAGAAAGAGGACGACGGCGAAAUGAAUAACAGUACUAGUAGUGCUGAUAAUUCAGUCUCCAUCUCUGACCACAUAAUCGGGACAAGGAGUAAUACUAGUCUAAACAACCCCACUACGAACCACAAGAGAUCCAAAGUCGAGAAAAUAUCCCUGGCCCGGAACCCGAUCGCGCGGAAGCCUUUUUACCGCUUCACGCUGUGUCAGAAGUUGGGGAACCGGUUAUCUACAGAAAAGAACCCAUCCACAUCCGUUUUUUGCAUGACAAGCACAGCACUUUUACUUUAUGCGUGUUUUGCAUGACAAAUUGGAUGCGCAGUCUGUUAAGCAUGACAAAUUGGAUGUGGAUGCGUGUUUUUUCCUGGAUACCGGUUGAAGGAAAUCGAUAACCGGAAGUGCACGCAAGAGGACCGGGUGGGGUACAGUUUGAAACAGGACAGCAUGAUCCGGAAAGCGCAAAUCGCGUAUAACCAGCAGCAGCAGGCCGCGAAUCGUAGUAGUUUAAUGCAGGCAAACUCCAAUGUGAACAGUGCGAGUGACAACAACUACGAAGGAGCAGAUCCUGCACCAGAACACAACUCAGAUCUUCCAGUCGGCGCAAACAUCGGAGCGGGCGCUAUGAGCACCACGACUUUGACCUCCAUGCCCGCGAACCACAAAAACGCCAGUACAAUCCCCACCAGUAAGUUUACGCGGGGGCUGAGCUCCGGCGUGGCGACGUUGAUUGAACACCUUCGACAGGAAACCAUGCAAAAGAAGGUGGACAGCGAAACCGUUGUGGAGGGGGAGGAUUACCUACAGGUCGGGCAGUCGGCGGCUUCUUUCAAAGGACCUGGAGGAGGUCCAGGUACUGCUAGCACAGGAUCUGCUCCUGCUGGUGCGGUUCUUGCUGGAGCUGCUUCGCCUGACAGGCCGGCUGGAAGUGGUGACAAUAUUACCGCGUCAGGUGCAACGAAGCAGCAGAUGUCUUCAACGCCACAGCGCAUCAAAAAGCUGUAUCCAACAACGGGCAACACGCCGGGAAGUAGCGGCUCCAAAAUGCCGGCCGGGGCCGCGUUGCAGAGGUCUACGAGGAAAAUCAGGUGACCGCAGUUUUAGUUUUUUAUGUCAACGACCUAGCGGAAUGAUGAGCAGACUUUAUUCCGCGGGAAUAGUAUAGAGAGCAAAACGAACUAUAUCUUGAUCUUGUUCAUCAUUCAUGGUUGAUUGUAAGGCAACUCUACAACAGCAACAGUUCCUCAAUGCAUUGAUUCUUUCAACAAAAGCGCUGUACGACUUUGUUUAUGUUUUAUCUUCACUGGAAGAGGCACCAGUUUUCAGAACUGACAACAUUCAGGCUGAAUUAUUCAGCAGGAACUUCUCAGAAUAGUUUCAUCAUAGAAGAAGUUUCAUCGUAGAAGUGCAACAACUGUUUACUAAUUGUGAUUCCCAUUUUCAGAAGCUCCAGUUUCGCUUUCCCGAAGUACUUAGACCUUGAUUUAUCAAAUUGAUGAAACAAGUGUAUCCCUGAUGACAAUGAAAAUAACUUUAAACUGCAAGCUCAAAAACAGAAGGAAAAGAAAAAGACUCAAAAUGUUUGGAGCGCCAGCAUUGGUGCGCCUUUUCGCCUCAUGGCAGUUCAAAUUUUUGUACGAUGCUAAGUAACUGAUGAACAGGACAACAGCAAUCAAAUGAAGCGAAAUGACAGACGAUAAAUGUAUGACUUGUAGUUUUAAGUUCCGCUUCCGCGUAACAAUGCGAACAACAAAUGGAAAUGCUCAAACGACACGAGCAUCAAGGGCAUGGCUGCAAAAUGUAGUCCCAGCGAUCGAACGUUCUGUGAUGGCGACCAGUGUGCAUGUUGUGAAGAUGACCUGCACG